AUGAUAGACAAGUUUUGCAGGCCUAUACGCAGAAGGGUCCUCAGGCAGCACGUGCCCGGACUUCAAGUGUUCACAAAUGGGCUUUCCUUUAUUCCUCUCGAGAACGCAACAAAUUGGCUGCAGCUAGUCUUCUUUGCUCUAACUAAGAGCCCCAAGACUACGCCAGAUAAGGGCGCGCGUAAAGCACUGGCAAGUCAAAAUCUUGUAGUGGCUGUGUGUCUAGCUGCGCUCAGUGUUGAUGUUGCUUGUUUGUCCUUGGGCAUGUAUUGGGAAUAG